AUGGAUGUUUCAGAGCGCGAAGAUUUUGUCAGGAAACCGAGGGAACGCACAAUGCCAUUGCUGCCAACGCCCUUUAAAACAUGUCAUGAGGCAAAAGCCAAAGCAUGGAAUGUGUUUAUUCCCGACCUCAACGUUACAGAAUACUUGAAAACUUUGAAUGAACCCCAGGAAAAGGAGCUGCGUAACAGAGCCGAAAAUCUGACCUGGCGAGCACGAAGAGUUGAUGUCCCUACAGUCUCAGAGUUCUAUUGGGAAGCUUCUGCUUGGCAUGACGUGUUUGGCAUGAUUAACAACGAUGACAAUUUCAUACUUGACAAGAGGCCUUACAAAUAUGUGGAAGCAGACAAUGCGGGCAAAAUAAUCAUUAAAAAAAGGAUCCCAGAUGCCACAUUUGGCAUCAAAUUCUUUGAACCUAUGUCAUUGGCCUUUCAGCAUCACGCUUACAGAAGAGAUCCAAAGAAGAAGAAACCACAUCCACUACUUUACGAGAGACGUGUUAUCGAUAUGAUGCGUAAUCCUCGAUGCGGGCUUGUUGUUGAUGGAAUGUGGGGAGAGACAUCCCUUAUCUUUCCAUUUGCUGCCUAUGAGGCUAAAAACAACUACCAGGAUCACGAUGCAGCUGAAAAGCAGAUAAAACAUGCUUGUAGGACAUAUCUGGCGAUGUUAGAUGAUCUAGCCCGUAACCCAAAUAACGUCAGCGAAUAUCAGACAGAGGAGAGCCCUCGGUUUCAGUUCUUCGCGUUUACAUCAAACUCAAGCUAUUGGAGGGUGUCUGUAGCUUGGAGUUCCUCGGAAGAUUGUGUAAGUAACUCUGUUCAGAUACGUACACAGUCUAGGGGCUAA